AUGGGGUUCCCAUCGUACUCAAUUAUGACCCCAUCUGGUAGUCAUGCAUACCCAAUUCCUGAUCCUAUUGAAGAAGUUCUAUGGAAAGGCAUUCAUGAGAGGAUUCAAUUACACGAAUCAGAUGCUGAGAAAUUCCUCCUAGAGAACAAGAAUCUUUACGAUCUUGUUUUCAUCGAUGCAUAUGAUGGGGAAGACAUCUUUCCUCACGCGUUAUGGGAUACAGAGUCUCCAUUCCUCAAUGCUCUCGCGGACCAACUUCACCACGAGCAUGGAACCAUUGUCGUAAACCUUCACUCAGAUGUAGACUUCAGGGAUGCUGAUUUCAAUCCGCUUGGUGCCCACCUCUUGCCAAUGGGGAAGUAUAUUUCGAAAGUGUGCAGAUCAUAUAACGAAGUUUUGUUAGGGAGUAAGAGUUCCUAUAAUGGUCUGGCUUAUGUAGUUUCUGUGCCAUGGGUAUGUAAUACAUCACUAGUUGUGUGUAGAGGUUUAGGGAAAUCUAAUAGGGAUAUGGUUAUGAAGACUAUCAUGUCUAGAGCCCUAGUUGUUGAGAAUAUUCUUGACUUGCCAUUUUCUUGUUUGCAAUAUCUGAAACGAGGUUUUACUUUGGUGAACUAA